AUAUGGCACCCAAUGGCAGGAAGGUUAUGUAACGACAUUCAAAGAAGAAGAUCUAAAAACCUUGAAAACACUUCUGGCUUCACAACCUGAACCUAUAUCACAAGCAGGAUUGCAUCCUACGUCAGACCAGAUAGAACUUUAUGCUUACCAUUUACCUAAUUCUGGUUUAAGUAAUCUAAUGGAUAUAUUUGUAACUUUAUCAACGGUGGAUGAUUCGUUGUAUUUCAUGUGUCAAACCGAAGAUUUUAAAUUCCUGGCAGACAUGAUACAGCACGUCCCGCUACCCUUAAAGUCUAGGUACUUAUUCUGCUGCGCCCCAAUAAACAAGAAGAUGCCUUUCGUCUGUACUAUGUUCUUGAAGUUUACUAGGCAGUAUAGUAAGAAUGAAAUGAUUACAUUUGACUGGUUGUGCAGGAAUAUAGGUUGGCCGUUGCAGCCCCCCAAAUCUAUUAUUGAUUUGGUGCACUUGGAAGCUGUGUUCGAUGUUUUGGAUCUCUACUUGUGGUUGAGUUAUAGAUUCAUGGAUUUGUUCAACGAACCUGAUCUGGUUAGAGAUAUGCAGCGAGAGUUGGACCAAAUUAUUCAGCAGGGUAUAGUUCAACUCACGAGGUUGUUGAGGAAUUCUGAGACUGGAAUUAGUUCCGGAACGGCUGUCAUUGAUGAUGAUGAAUUUUCAAUGAAAACAGAAAAGCAGACGUAUUUCAGAGUUACCACAAAAGAUAAGAUAUUUUCGAGAAAGAGAUGUGACAACUGGAGUCAAAAGUCGUCGGUGAUUGGCAGAGGAAGAUUAACUGAACGCUUACUGGCUCAAGGUAUAUUAACACCAAAUAUGUUACAAGAACUGAAGAAAGAGUGGAAUGCGAAGACAAACACUGAUAAUUUGGGGGAAAACGUAGGUGAUGAUCCUAAGAAGAUACGAAGGAAAAGAAAAACAAAGUAGAUGUGGAUGUUUCAUAAUUUUCAUUAAAGAAAUACCUGCAAAA